AUGGGCGACGCAGAGGCACUUCCCGAUUAUGUUCUUGACCCCAACGCCGUCCUGAAAGACAAGGACGCUGCUUGGAGAUAUGGCGCGCCCCCGGACUAUUCCAACACCCGUGCUGUGUACGAGCGGACCAAGAAACAAUCCCACGAGCCCGGCAGCCUGCCCAACCUGGUCGAGAACCUCGUCAAGAACUGGGAAAUCGAGGCCUCCUUCAAGACCUCGCUGGCGGACUGGCGCACGAUCGACCACGAGAAAUACCACGUCACGCUCAACGGCGGCCCCCCGCUGUCCGGCGAGUACAUGCUCAAGGUGGGCACCUACAACGCCUUGCUCACCCCAAGCGCGUACUACGACCCGGCCCACAACGACUUCGAGAUGAGCCACAAGAGCUUCAAGCGCAUGAUGCCCACCUUCGCCUGGGAGGUGACCGAGGUGUACAGCGGCCCGCCCACUGUGGUCUUCAAGUGGAGACACUGGGGCGAGAUGGCCCGCGACUAUGUCGGGUUCAACGACAAGGGAGAGAAGGUCCGGAUUGAGGCGCACGGCGGCCCGAUCGACAUUCAGGGGAUCAUCGUGGCCAAGGUCAACAAGGCCCUCCAGUUGGAGCAGAUUAACGUUUGGUUCGACCCGCUCGACAUGUUCCGCCAGAUCUCCCGCGGUCGCGAGCAGAUUAAGGCGGAUGAUGCGGAGGUACCCUCUGGUUGCCCCUUCACUGGCACUGCCAACAAGGAGUAG